AUGCAUCAUCUUGAACUCACCACUUUUGCUGCAGUGCUCUGGGCGACUACAGCUACUGCAGCUAGCAAUGCUGGUCCCUUUUCUCUUUACGCUUAUGGAACUGGCGUCGGUGGCCUUCCCAUCUUUUCUUCUGGUGAUGAGGUCUUUGUUGGCAACUUCAGCAAAGUCGACGACUCUGAGGCAGCCCCAGUCCAAUUUACCAUAGGAGAUGAUGCAUGGUAUGCCUCUCCAAACACGACUGGCUAUGCCAAAGGACGUGAGCCAAGCUGGUCCAACCUCACUUUCGCUGUCCCAGGACCCUCUUCAUCUUCUCAUAGUGUCAAACUGCUCAAUAGCACGGCCAAUACCGACGGUUAUGUAUCCGAUCUGAUGUCCUACGGCACUUUUGUCAUGGUCGAAGAGAACGGUCAAAUGACUUCGCUUUGGUAUGCCACGCCAUCAGAUAUCGAUGGUGUUUAUGUCAUUGGGUGGAAUGCGUCAGAUACUGGCCGUUCUGACGAUAAGGUCGCCAUUACGCUGAAGAUGACUCCGCCCUCAAACCCCAGGCCCAUGGAUCAGUGA